AUGAAGAUUCUGCUUGAGACUGGGAUGAAAGACUGCAGUGCAACUCAAGUGCCGAUGGAUCCAAGUACAAAGCUGUCGAAAGCACCAAAGGAGAAGGGUGCGAACGAGAGAGACUAUAGAAGAAACAUUGGAUGUCUUAGAUACCUGAUUAAUACCUGGCCAGACCUCUCCUUCUGUGUUGGUGUUCUAAGUAGGUAUAUGCAAGCGCCAAAACAGUCCCACGAAGCGGCAUUGAAACAGGUCUUACGGUAUCUUCAAGGAACCUUAACGUACGGACUUGAGUUCAAGCGAACACAUGGAAUGAAGAUUGAAGGUUACAGUGAUAGCAGCCUUAGUGUGGAUGAAGAUGAUGGUAGAAGCACAACCGGACACGUUUAUUACUUUGCAAACAGUCCUAUUACGUGGUGCUCACAAAAGCAAGAAACAGUUGCACUUUCGUCUUGUGAAGCCGAGUUCAUGGCAGCUAUAGAAGCGGCUAAACAAGCUAUUCGGUUACAAUAA